ACUGAGACUGAGCGGGUUAACAUGCUUCAUCCGUGAGCACCUGAGCGCAGGACACCUCAGUUAUUCUUCAUUUCUUAUUUAUUCAGGCUGUCAGAUUUUAAAUCCACAGGUGAACUCGCGUGAUGCCCAGCCAGACUCAGCGCCCGCGACUGUGCGUCCUGGACAAGGGCGAGAACGGAUACGGCUUCCAUCUGCACGGAGAGAAGGGCAAAAGCGGGCAGUUCAUCCGCCUGGUGGAGCCCGACUCCCCCGCCGAGCUGGCCGGGCUGCGCGCGGGCGACCGGCUGGUGUUCGUCAACGGAGAGCGCGUGGAGAGCGACAGCCAUCAGCAGGUCGUGGCGAGGAUACGCGCGAGCGCCGGCAACCUGGAGCUCAUAGUGGUGGACGUGGACACCGACCUGCUGCUGAGGAAACACGAGCUGAAGUGUGUGAGGGAGUUCGUCACGGAGGGGAUUCCGGUGCCCGAGGGUGACGAUGAGCCCGAGAUCAGCGACGAGAUGAUGCGGGACGACACGCCGCCGCCCCCGGUGCCGGAGAGGAACGGAGAGAUCAUCCCCGUUUACAUUCCCGCGGUGGAGAAACUCAGAACAUCCGUGAGCUCGGAUACGAUUGCAGAAUUGAGGCGAAACGAGGAAGAAGCAGAGCUAUUCACCAGGGCGGGAUACACCCCUCACAGGCUGAUUCGUCUCCACGAUGUCCUGACUGACGGCGCUGUGACGGAGCGUGACUUGAAGCCCAAGCUCAGACCGCGGCUCUGUCCCAUCAAGAAAGGCCCCAAUGGCUUCGGCUUUAACCUGCACAGCGAGAAGUCCAGACCCGGCCAGUACAUCAGAGCUGUAGAUGAGGACUCGCCGGCACAGAGGUCCGGCCUAAAACCUAAAGACCGGAUAAUACAGGUGAACGCGGUUUCAGUGGAUGGGAAGCAGCAUGCAGAUGUGGUGGCUGCUAUUAAAGCCGGGGGUGAAGACACCACACUCUUGGUCGUAGAUCCAGAAACAGAUGCUUUCUUCAAGAAGUGUCGAGUGACGCCCACCGCAGAACACCUCACAGGACCGCUGCCUGAACCUGUGCUCAACGGAGACAUGGAGGACAAGGUAAAUGGGAAUGUGGCCAAAGAGGUGGAACUGAAGGACUCAAAGUUAUCAGUCAGUCCGUCCCCUUCCAACGCCUCCUCCAACGCCUCCCUCGUGACUCCGCCGCCUGAGACCGUGGAGCCGUCCAUCAGAGAUGCUAUCCCAGAGCUCAGUCUGUCCUUACAGCAGGUGAAAGAGCGCGCACACCAGAAACGCUCCAAUAAGAGAGCUCCGCCCAUGGACUGGAGCAAGAAAAACGAACUCUUCAGUAACCUAUAGACCUCCAGACGAUUGUCCAUCCACUCAUCCAUCCAUCCCAGAAGCAACGUAGUGUCGGCCCACAUCUGGGCCGUGUGGAAUC